AUGACAACGACACACAAGCACAAUAAUAAACCUUCACAGAAGGUCAAAAGUAAAGUUGUAAAAAUUAAAAUGUUGACUUUUGUCAUUUGGGUAACGUUCGUAAAUUCUUCCCGCGAACUGGGAAAAAAGAUUAUCCGACAUACUGCUGGACGAGAGGAAGAGUAUUCGGGAAGAAGAGUAAUAUUCUCCGUAAAGAAAUUGGACCUACUGAAAGAGGAGAAUGUCGCUGUUAUUGAAUUGACCCUGCCAAAACUCCUAUUCUGGUCUACAGCUGGAAAAAAAGAUUAUCCGGAUACAGCUGGGGCAAGAAGAGUAGGAGUAUCCCGGGUACUUCUGGGCAAGAGGACCGCCUGGAUACUGUUGGGCAAAAGUGGUGCCCGGCCCGUUUAUGAUGGACUAGAGCCAACUGCACUCUAG